AUGCGCGUACGGAUUCUUUUCCGCGCUAUUUUUAGCACCCGGUUAAAAAACGCUAAAUUAUUUUUAUUAUUACUUUGCUUUAUAACCGCCAUAUUUAAUUGCUUAUAUAAAUUAAAAAAUGCAAAAGCAACGAAAAUAAUAUUACUACCAAAAAGGAACCGGCACUUACUAAUUGCUAAGCUUGCGCAAAAGCAAGCUUUUUAA